AUGGCGGCCUCCACUGCUUCCCGUCUUUCGCCCCCUCGCUUCCGCGCUCCUUCCCCGUCUCUUCAUCCUCCAAUCCGCCGCUCGCGCUUCUCCCCUGUUCGCGUAGCCAAGUUGGAAGCUGUGUUGUCUAUUGGUACUCAUCUAAUCCCACACCCAAGAAAGGCUGCAAGUGGCGGAGAAGAUGCUUUCUUUGCCAAUAGCGAUGCUGGCGGAGUAUUUGCCAUUGCAGAUGGUGUCUCGGGAUGGGCAGAAAAGGAUGUCAAUCCAGCUCUAUUCUCUCGAGAGCUCAUGAGAAACAGCUCUAAUUUUCUCAAUGAUGAGGAGGUCAGUCGUGAUCCUCAGAUUCUUCUCAGGAAAGCUCAUGCUGCAACUUCUUCUGUUGGAUCUGCAACAGUAAUCAUCGCCAUGCUUGAGAAGACCGGGACUCUGAAAAUUGCAAGUGUGGGAGACUGUGGGUUGAAAGUUAUUCGUAAAGGUCAAGUAAUGUUCUCUAUAUCCCCUCAAGAACAUUACUUUGACUGUCCAUACCAGAUAAGCUCAGAGGCAGUGGGUCAAACAUAUCAGGAUGCAUUGGUUUGCAGUGUAAAUCUCAUGGAGGGUGAUAUAAUUGUGAGUGGUUCAGAUGGACUUUUUGACAACAUCUUUGAUCAAGAGAUCGUUUCCAUAAUUUCUGAGUCACCAGGUGUACAUGAAGCUGCAAAAGCGUUGGCAGAGCUUGCAAGAAAACAUUCGGUGGAUGUCACAUUCGAUUCACCCUACUCAAUGGAGGCCCGGAGUAGGGGUUUUGAUGUCCCCUGGUGGAAGAAGAUACUUGGAGCCAAACUAAUAGGCGGUAAGAUGGACGACAUCACAGUCAUUGUCGCACAAGUGAAGACAGUAGUGGUCCCAGAGGACGAGGGUGGCGACACAGAAGAACAAAAGGGGAAUGAGCAAGGCGCUGCUGCUGUGGUUGCAUCUGCUGAAUGA